UCAUGGUUUGUGUGGGUUUUUUUUUCUCGUUCUCUUGUUUAGUUAAUCUCUGAAAAUGGUCCGCUACUCUCUUGACCCGGAAAACCCCACAAAAUCAUGCAAGGCAAGGGGUUCCAAUCUCAGAGUGCACUUUAAGAACACUCGUGAGACAGCUCAAGCUAUCAAGGGCAUGCACAUCCGUAAAGCCACUAAAUUCUUAAAAGAUGUCACCAUUAAGAAGCAGUGUGUUCCUUUCCGUCGCUACAAUGGUGGUGUUGGCAGAUGUGCCCAGGCCAAACAAUGGAACUGGACACAGGGACGUUGGCCUAAAAAGAGUGCAGACUUCCUCUUGCACAUGUUGAAAAAUGCAGAGAGCAACGCAGAGCUCAAGGGUUUGGAUGUUGAUUCUUUGGUCAUUGAGCACAUUCAGGUCAACAAGGCCCCCAAGAUGCGCAGGCGUACAUACCGUGCUCAUGGACGCAUCAACCCUUACAUGAGCUCACCAUGCCACAUCGAGAUGAUUUUAACAGAAAAGGAGCAGAUUGUCCCAAAACCUGAAGAGGAGUUGGCUCAAAAGAAAAAGAUCUCCCAGAAAAAACUGAAAAAGCAGAAGCUCAUGGCUCGGGAGUAAAGUUUCUCUGAUGUACAGAAAUAAACUAAAACACUCAAAACAUUA